AUGGACAGGCGUGUGAUCAAAAAGAAGGCAUCUUUUCCACUGUUUCUUUCAUUUCUUCGAGGAGAUAUGUCUGUUGAAAUUCCUACUCAAAUUAAAAAAACUUUAGCCGCUUUAAAAAGUCAAAUGGAAAAGGCAGAUCUUGAGGGGACCUGUCUUGUCUCUAAUAACAACAUCAUUUAUUUCACGGAACAACAGUCCCAGGUCGUAGAAGUGCCCAACUUAAAAAGGGAGAGUGAUGCCCAACGAUUGCACUCCCGGAUGCCUGAAUUCCUUGAAGAUCUUCAUCAAAGAGAGAUUACUCCUCGUAGUCCUUAUCAUAUUAGCCAACUAUCAUAUUAUUAUUUUUUAGGAACCUUAAUGGAAGAGAAAGCAUGGAAUAAAGAGGCCAGAAAUGUAGUUAAACGCCUCUUCCCCCAUAAUCAUUCCGAUAUUUUAAUUAUUGCUCAAAGAACCCACCUUUUAUAUCGUCUUCAGGGUCCCUCUCAUUUAUUUUUAUCACAGUCUAUUACCCCUUUUGUCCUCCGCCAUCUGUUGAAAGAAGAUUUCGCUACACUACAAACUGAAGCUCAACUCCAGGUCCAGCAGGAGAUCGAUGAAGUAUUAGCAUUAACCUGUUUCACAGGGGCUCAAUGA